CUAUUAUAUACUGUCGGAGAUGCGGAAGAAAGGACUGGGACAAUGUAACGGGAUCGGAGAGGAGGCGUGUGCGAGAUGAGGGUGUGAGCAAGUAAGCCUGCGUAUCAAUCAGUAGAGCUGACUCGCUCGCAGCUGGCUGCGCCGUACUGGGCACGAUCGAUAGCACACGUCUGUUUGAAAAGCUUUGACAAGAGGGGGCAAUCGGAAUGGAAGAUGCUACUGUGAAGGAGGUGGUGAAACGCUACGCUACGCCAGUGUGGAAAACCGGGAGGACGAAUUUGCCCCCCUUUUAAUACCCACCACACGUUAUUGCCGCCCUGAAGGUUCUUCUCCUUUAAAUGAAGUGUGCGCGUCCACGUGUUGAAAGGUGAGCCUCUUCGACUGCAGAGUGGCCAGCGACUAACUUUGGCUGCUGAACAGAACCUAAAUUCAUUGAAGGGGAGAGGCGUCAAAGGAAGGGCUCGGCAGAAAAACAAAAUAGGACUUUUUACUUGGCUCUAAUCCUCAGUGCUGCCAAGUUACAGUAACGGAGUGCCUUCAUUUAUUUCUUUUACUAUGUGAUACACCAAACGCCACCCGCUAUUUUUCACACUGAAGGCCUUUUCUUUCCGUGUGUAUAUGUAAAUAUAUUAUUUUUUUUCUUCUGUUGACUUUGGACUACAGAUCCAGGGGGGAUGGGAAGGAGCUGUUAAAGACCCCGUUCCAAGCCAGCGAGGGCACUUUGGGACAAACACAUUGAAAUGCAUCCAGACGAAAGCUCUUUAAGCAUUUUGUGGGGAUAUCCCCUUGUUCUGCACGGAUGUUAGACAGAAUUGCAGAAGGACUGCACAAGCUAAAAGUGAAAGAGUAAAACGGACACAUUUUAUAUUUGUCAAUUUACCAAUCUGGAGUGCUUCUAUAACAAAAGGAGUCCUCGCCUUUAGGUGUGUACUGUGCUUCAUCCUCAGCUGCGCACAGGAUGCCAACUUUAUAGUCUUUAUGGACUUGUUUUCCUGUCAAAGCCAUUGGCUUACAAUACAUACAUCUGUAUUCAUAAUGGGAUAUCCUCAAUUCAUUUUAAAUAACCAACUUCUGUUUUUUAAUUUAAUUUGAGAAUCAAUCCCAGAAAUGUCUGUGAAUAUAGUAGAAUCCAAAAAGGACGCGGUUGUGCUUGCCUACCACCAGGCUAGCCCUCUGGUGCACCCGACCUUGGCAGUCCUGACCCCAGAUGAGCCGGUGCAACUGACUGACUUCCCAGGGCGAGGAGUAGAUGGGCUUGAUGGGGAUCGAACAGAAAUGGUGAUCAUGGAAUCGCGGGCCAACGCAAAGGGUGUGCGGGAGGAAGAUGCGCUCUUGGAGAAUGGCAGUCAGAGUAACGAUAGCGACGAUGUCAGCACAGACCAGAGCCAGGCCCCAGCAACGCCGCUCAAGGAAACCUCUUUUUCCAUUGGACUACAAGUACUUUUCCCUUUCUUGCUGGCAGGAUUUGGGACAGUAGCUGCUGGAAUGGUGCUGGACGUUGUGCAGCACUGGACUGUCUUUACCGAAGUAACAGAGGUCUUCAUCUUAGUACCAGCACUGUUGGGGCUGAAGGGGAAUCUGGAAAUGACAUUAGCUUCACGGCUGUCGACGGCAGCUAAUAUUGGACAGAUGGAUACCCCAAAGGAGUUGUGGCAUAUGAUAAUUGGGAACCUGGCUCUCAUACAGGUCCAAGCCACAGUAGUUGGCUUCCUUGCCUCAAUUGCAGCAGUCAUAUUUGGCUGGAUCCCAGAGGGACGCUUUAAAUUUGGUCAUGCGCUUCUACUCUGCGCAAGCAGUGUGGCCACAGCUUUCAUAGCUUCUCUUCUGCUGGGAUUGAUAAUGAUUGGAGUCAUUAUUGGAUCUAGGAAGAUUGGUAUAAACCCCGACAAUGUGGCGACACCAAUUGCUGCCAGCCUUGGAGACCUGAUUACUCUGGCGCUGCUGUCAGGCAUCAGCUGGGGUCUCUACAAAGAACUACAAGCCAAUGACUAUGUGAAUCCACUGGUGUGCACCUUCUUUGUGGCCCUGACCCCAAUCUGGAUUAUCAUUGCCCGCCGCAAUCCUUGCACAAGAGAGGUGUUAUACUCUGGUUGGGAGCCUGUCAUUAUUGCCAUGGCCAUCAGCAGUGUUGGUGGGCUCAUUUUAGAUAAGACUGUAUCAGAUCCUAACUUUGCUGGGAUGGCUGUUUUCACCCCUGUCAUCAAUGGUGUUGGUGGAAAUCUUGUAGCUGUGCAGGCCAGCCGCAUCUCAACCUACCUCCACAUGUGCCGGCUGCCGGGUAUUGAAACAGAGGUUCCUAAAACCUCGUGUCCCACACCCUGGAGUACCUUUUUUGGAUCAAAUGUGAACUCACGAUCUGCCCGUGUUUUGUUUCUUCUUGUUGUGCCUGGCCACCUGGUCUUCCUGUAUACUAUAAACUCAAUGCAGGGUGGCCAUACAACAUUAACAUCCAUCUUCAUUGCCUUCUACAUGACUGCUGCUCUCUUGCAGGUCUUGAUCCUGCUUUACAUUGCAGACUGGAUGGUCCAUUGGAUGUGGGGACGUGGAAUGGACCCAGACAACUUCUCAAUUCCUUACUUGACUGCCCUCGGGGACCUGUUGGGGACUGGAUUCCUGGCUCUGAGUUUCCAUAUCCUGUGGCUCAUUGGAGACCGAGACACAGACGUGGGUGACUAGACCUCACCUUGUCCCUUUUAUUCAUGGACUUGCUUUUUUUAAUUUAUUCCUUUUUGUGAAUAUAUUACUGCUCAUUAUUUUUCAAUGGGGAUUAUUUUCAUUGAAUGAUUAAUUGGUGCCAAUUCAUGUUGGCAAAAGUGAACUAAAAUAUGAUAAUGGUGAAGACUGUAAUAAUUGAUUGGCUAUUCUGUUUGACUUUUCUGUCACAUUAUGAUGGAUAAUAAUUGGGGAAGUUAGUACUGGGCAGGAUCUCCUGAGCCACCGAGGGUGGGGGGUCACACAAAUAACACAAGUGUGCCACAGCACAGAAAGGCGAAUUUAUCCAAUAAAUCAGGGAGCUUUGAGAAUCAGACGCAGAUAGAUUAGCUUAACUUAAAACAGUUUUUGGCUCUGCUCCUCCCCAGGUUCUUGUGUUUCGUGUUUGGCUUUGUAUUCCACAGAUUUCUUGGAGAUUUAUUAAAAUAUGUCUUUUUGCAGUAAUUUUAAAAGCAUAACUCUUCCAAGAUGAGGGUGGCACAGUGUAGUACUUGGUUUUAACUGGAGCCAUCUGGGAUCAUUUUACAGCCGGUAUGAUGCCUGCACAUUUGCAGUGAGUCUACACAGAUAGCUUGUUCCUUUAUCCCAGAUGCUGUAUGUGAAGUUUAAACUGAUUUUCUGUAUUCUGUAAAUUGACUCAUUGUGGAUGUGUGUUUGUGUGAGCCAUGUGAUGGAUUGGUAUCCCAUCCAGGGUUGCUUCUGCCUUGUAUCCAAAGCUGUCAGUUUACGCUCAAGCAAAUUGAUUGGAUGCAUUGGUGUCCAUCAGGUUAGCUCUAGGCUUUAUUCAUUCAUUGUUUGUUCAUUUUCUGAGAGAAUAUUUAGUUGUAGUAUGUUUUUAUCUAACUGCCACCCUGUCAAGAGGUGUUUACUGUCCUGUGCCUGAUGCUGCUAGAAGGCUCUUUAACAUCCAAUGGACCUGAAACUUCAUCAACAAUGAUGGAUGGACGAAUUUCUCAUCAAUGGUGAUGUUUAUCUUUGCAAGUGGCAGAUAAAUGGGAACUUUAAAAGUCAUGUGAAUAAGUGAGAGGAGCCUAUCAGCAGUUAGUUUACCUUGCAGAAAAUAAUGUUUUUUUAGGAAGUGACCGGGUAAUGCCCAAUAGCAAAGGCUUGGUAAUUCCAGGUGCCAGCAUCUUUUAUUGCGCACAGCUAUAGCAUGGCUAUUAGUCAACAUUACAGCAAAGAAGGUUCAUAUUCAGGCAGAGUAUUGGCUAAAAGCUGUACCUGCUGUAAGUUUUUUUUAUCAUUCAUCCUCACAUUUUCCUCUUUGAGAAAUCUGUGGUUAAAGCUGGCCGAUUUAGAUCUUAAUUUCCCUUUACCUGUGAAGAAAAUGCAUAUUGCAUUGUUUGGGGGAGAAAAAUCUGGAUUUUUUAGCUGCCAGUAAGAAGCAGUAAGGAGAUCAGUUUUCAUACUGUAUGUGACGGUGCCAGAUAUUGACAGGCUAAAGUUAACACUCACAAAAUAAGAUGGAACUAAUCUUUCUUGUUUGUGUUCAUGUUUGUUUCACAAAGAUGUGCAAUAGUCUGAAACCCACAAAAUAAUACAUAUAUGAGGAAAGAAAAAAAAAAAAUAUCGGGACCACCCUCAGUCUUGCUGUCACCCAACCCAGUACCCUCUUAUGCCCAAAAGGAUCAUUAUGGAACAGUCAUUUUGACAAGACAGUUUCUCUUUCCAGCUCUUUUUAUUAUGGUGCAGAUUCAGAGUGAUUACUAACCUUUAGCCUCUUCAAAAUGGGCAUUGUGAGAGUGCCAGUUAAGGAUCCCACUAGGAUCCCUGUGAAGGCCAUUUCCGCCAUCUGGUGUUUACACAGUUCCUAAAUCAGGCUUCUCAUUUAUGUUCUUAGACUGUUGAACACUAAGAAUCAGUGAGAAAAAAAAAUUCAGAUUUUUCGUCUUAGAUAGGCAUUUCAUAUGUUUUUUUUUUUUUUUUUUCCCCCUGUAGCAAAAGCUUGAGUAAUGAAGCGAGUUUGCACGAUUUCCCAACAAAUUAAUUAGCCUUCAUUUUAUGUUCCAUAAAACUUCUCAAAAUACUUCAUGCAUGUUGUGAAAGAAGUGGAUGUUAACUUCUUCAUAUGCCUGUCUGAUCUCGCCAAAGGCCACCAUGGUUUAAUCUGAUGAAAAUUUCUUCACUUCUUAAUUAUUAUAAGAUAGCUGAAUAGUACGGUGUAUGAAUGAUGAAGCUCCUUGUUAAUGGAAAUGUUUGGAUUCAAUCCAUGACAGCUGCACAUGUAUAUGUUUUUCAAAUUUGUGACAAAUCUUGUUACUUUUUAUUGAUACCAUAAAAGAGUAGUGAUUUUUUCAUUUAUUGCUUUAUUCAAGAUGAAAUGAAAUAAUACCCAACAAAAAUACCUGGAAAGAGUACUGCCCAAAAAUGUACAGACUCAUUUCAGUGGUAUUUUAAGAUUCUUUUAAUGUUUGCUCAGUGAGAAUGUAUUUUAAUUUUUCCCAAUCAUGUUAAUUGUAUUUAUCAAAUGUAUUAUUAUUUUUUGCUUGCCACAGUGCCAUCUGCUGUUUUUUUUUAAAAUGGAAGUAUUACAAACCUUACUGUUCAUUGUAUAAAAAUCCAUUCUGCUGGUUAAAUAUUAUGCAUAAUAUGUGCCAAAAUUAAAACUUAAAGAAAACAAAUAAUAAUUACUGCACAAAUAAAUAAAUAAAUCAACAGAUACAUUUUGAAUGAAAUAAAUCUCAUAUAAUAAUUUUAAAAUGCAUUAUAAAUAAAUUUACAGUACAAAUCCAUCCAUCCAUCCAUUUUCUAACCCGCUGAUUCCAAACACAGGGUCACGGGGGGUCUGCUGGAGCCAAUCCCAGCUAACACAGGGUGCAAGGCAGGAACCAAUCCUAGGCAGGGCAUCAACCCACCACAGGACACACACACACCUAACCUGCAUGUCUUUGGAUUAUGGGAGGAAAACGGAGCACCCAGAGGAAACCCACGUAGACACGGGGAGAACAUGCAAACUCCACCGUGCCGCCCUACAGUACAAAUAUAUAAAAUAUAAUAAAUUGUCAUUUAUUUCAAUUAUUAUAUUUAUUAAGCAGUACAGUUCAGUUUUGUAUUUUUCCCUAAAUUAACUUUAUGAGUUAGAGUCCCAGCCCAGACGCUGUCUUUGUGGAAUUCUUCCCAAGCCUGUGUUUCUCCCUAGUUUUCUUCCCACAACCCAAAGAUCAAUAGGAACUUAGAACUGGCCCUACAGGAGAGUCUGUACCCUGCAAUGACUGGCACCCCACUGAGAAUUGGUUCCCACCUUGCUUUCAUCACAGGUAUGAGCUUCCACUGACUUUCAAACGGAUAAGCAGGUUACAGAAUGUAUGGGAUAUUUAUUAAUUUAUUUAUUUUUAACUUUGGCACAAAUUAUGUGAGAAUUCCAAGAAUUUUGUAGCUCCUGAUUGUUUUUGUCGUGGCUUUAUUUUUAAAUUUGUCAUCUGCUAUGCCAUACAUGUUUGGUGGAACUGUAAGUUGUGAGAAUUGUAGUAUAUUUCUUGCACUUUUUGUACAGGUAUUAUGUCUAGUUAUGAAUGCAGUUCUUGGCUUCUUAACUGUAUAGCUUUUACCUAAGAGCCAGAGAAAAUUGGUGGGUAAUAUAUAUUUUUGAAGAGUAAUGAGUAAAACAUACAUUUAUAUUUAUUCUAUGAAUGACGGGUUUGUAUUGUUACCUAUCCUAGUUAUCUCUUGUGUGAACCAAGCUUGCAUCAUAAUGUCACCAAUUUUCUCAAAAAGUGUCACACAGACCCUUUCUAACAAGACCACCUUAAUUGUUUUCAUUCAUUAAAUCGAGUAAUUAGAUUUUUUGUUGCAAGACUAUCCAUUUAAUCUGUCAAUUUUAAACGAUGAUAAUUUGUAAGUAUUACAUCCUACUAAGGCUGUUUGCCAGUGGUCAGAUCAGGUUGGGGUUACAGCCACAUUGGUUAGCACUGUAGUGACCUCCACCCUGUGCCUCUGUGCCAGUUUUCUGUCCAGUCUAAGGUUUACAUUUUUAUUUAUUAGUUACCUGAUGUUUCUAUCCAUAUCAGUCUACCAACCCCAUUUUCAGAACAGUGCACAGACUUUAUUUUCUGAGCUUGGCACAAUGAAAAAUGUUUUGUUGUGUUAGGGUCAUAGGGUGACCCUGUUCUCCCCUUUUAUAUACUUUAUGAUAUGGACCUUAAUAAAAUGUCUCAAAUUCCAUACUUUUCUCUUACUGUAGUUCAGCACUUUCUCUUUCUUUUACAUCUAUAACCCCAGACAAUUUAACAUAGUACCAGAAAAGGCAGGAGAGAAGUUAUAAAUUUAUUUAUGUAAUAUUGAUAAUGUGCCCAAAAUAAUAAACAAUGCAAAUGUGAGCGUUGACAAAA